AUGUCAAACUCGACUCCACUGUCCCAGAGGUUCCUGGUCGAUCCGGAUUCAGACAAAGAGCGUAUGCCCAGCCGCAGCGCGGACGACUCCAAAAUGACCUCCGAUCUCGUGUGCUGGGAUGGAGAUGAGGAUUCCAAACGGCCCUCAAACAUGUCCACAUUCCGAAAGUAUGUUAUCACUAUCAACCUAGGCCUGAUUACUUUCUGCGUGACGUUCGCAUCCUCGGUUUUCAGCACUGCCACUACGGUCACGGCGAAGGAAUACGGGGUAUCAGAAGAGGUGAUGAUCCUGGGAACGAGUCUGUUCGUCCUCGGAUUCGCGCUAGGGCCCAUGAUUUUUGGGCCACUCUCGGAGCUCUAUGGGAGGAGAACUCCCCUCUUCAUUGGGUUUCUCGUCUUUGCUAUCUUUCAGAUACCUGUAGCUGUGGCUCAGAAUCUCCAGACGAUCUUCAUUUGUCGCUUUCUUGAAGGUGUCUUUGGGAGUUCUCCGCUAGCUAUUGUCAGUGGCAACUUGGCUGAUAUGUUUGAUCCUGUUCAGCGAGUAAUCGCAGUAGCUGUAUUCGCGGCAAGUAUUUUCAUCGGUCCAGUUGCAGGUCCUAUCGUUGGCGGUUUCGCCAAAAGGUUGCGCUUCCACGCCAAAAACUGGGCAUUUCAUGCUCCAGCAGAGGCGCAGAGCACGGAGCCUCGCGAUAUUUUCGAGCGGUAUCUUCUACGCCCUAUCUUGAUGCUAUUUCAAGAACCGAUUCUCUUGCUGGUCACUCUGUAUAUGGGAUUUAUCUAUGGCUUUCUCUACCUGUGCUUCGAAGUCUAUCCUAUCGCCUUCCAGGAAGUACGCGAGUGGGAUGCGGGCGUCGGAGAGCUACCCUUCCUAGCCUUCACUGUUGAAGUUCUGAUAGCUGUGGGCAUUAUUAUCACGUUUACUAUAACUCGCUAUAAGAGAAUCAUGGUUGAACAGGGAUCAGUGGCCCCAGAAGAGCGACUCCUGCCGAUGAUACUUGGCGGAGCGGUGCUUCUGAUCGGGAUGUUCUGGUUUGGAUGGACAUCUAACAAGUCCAUCAUCUGGGUCCCGGAGGUCAUAGCUGGAGGUGCUAUUGGAAUCGGGGUGUUGCUGAUCUUCUUGCAGGGUCUGAAUUAUAUCAUCGAUGUCUACAAGCUGAACGCAAACUCUGCAAUGGCAGCCAACACUCUCUUUCGGUCGUGUCUGGGUGCCGGUUUUCCUAUGUUCGCAACAGCCAUGUUCCAUAAACUGGGGGUCAAUUGGGCCAUGACACUUCUGGGAUGCUUAACUGCCAUCCUGUUCCCAGUCCCUAUUCUUUGCUACAUUUAUGGCGCCAGAAUUCGCAGGAUGAGUCGCUUCAGCCCGGACGUCUGA